AAUACAGGAAAUAAAACACUGCAUUAUUUCAGAAACAGCAGAAAGGCAGCAGCUUUUAUUAAAGUAGCCUCGAUUCUGAUAUCAAAAUGCUUCUUCCCAUCAUGAUAACGGCACUCAUCUUUUGCACAUAUGGAGAAAAAAACCCUGCAGUACAAGUCAUCCUGACCAACAAAGGACUCCAGUACGGAAAAAACGUUGCUGCAGACUGGAUUCAGGAAAAGCUGGAGUUUGUCACAUUCCCUGAUAUGGACGGUGAAAUACCCCUCAGCUUCCUGGGACACAUAGGCUACACGCUAACCGGUGUCACCAUAGCCAAGUGUGAUUUUGCGGAGCCAUCGAUAGAGUUCUACCAAGACGUCUCAGGACUGAAGAUGUCCAUUGUAGGUUUCAGCAUCGCACUGACAGGAGCUUGGCGGGCCCAUUGUGGGAUAAUAUACGGAAGUGGCUUUUUCGACAUGGCCCUGUUCGGAGUGGACUUGGUCUCGGUAGUGCAUCUGGGGAGCGACGCUGAUGGACAUUUGUCUUUAACCAACGUGAGCUGCGAUACUCAAACUCGAGAUGUGGACUUACGUUUCUACGGCGGCUCCAGUUGGAUCCUCCAGCCUUUUGUGAAGCAUCUCAAAGCACGAAUCAAAGGUCAAAUAGAGGGCAAACUUUGCGACGCUGUGGAAGAACUUAUCGUGAACUUGGACCGCCAUCUACAGGCUAUGAACGUCAAUUUCCAGGUGAAUCGAGACCUGAUUCUGGACCUGCCUCUCACUGGCCAACCUGUUAUUGACGCUUCAAGUCUUCGCCUUGGUUUUCAGGGAGAAUUCUACAGCAUCAAAAGGCCAAAGGAGCCACCCUUUGAGGCCCAGCCUUUCAUGGUACCUGAGAAUCCAGCCUACAUGCUGUCCAUGGGCCUGUCUGACUUCACGUUCAAUUCCGCUUCCUUUGGAUACUUCUCAGCUGAUUUAAUGCAGAUUUUUAUCGAUGACAGCAUGAUACCUCCCAGAUCACCCGUGCACCUUAACACCCGUUCACUGGGUCCCUUCAUUCCUCAGUUGCCAAAGAUGUUUCCAGACCUGCCCGUGGUUCUGCACACUUACGCCAGAAACUUCCCGGUGUUCUCCUUCCACCCCGGGGCCAUCACACUGAACUUGCCUGGCGCGGUGAAGGCCUUCGCCAUCCAGCCCAAUGCCACGUGGACCCCACUGUUUAAACUGCAUGUGGAUUCAAACUUCAAGGGCAAAAUGUGGACGGAUGAUGGAUUCCUGAAGGGCUCGGUGACAAUGGACAAUUUCACACUGACUCUGGUAGCAACUGUUAUCGGACCCUUUAAGAUCGCUGCUUUGGAAAACUUGGGAAAGAUGGCGAUGAAAAUGUUUGUUUUGCCUCAUAUCAAUGACAAACUGUCCACAGGCUUUGCUUUACCACAAACAACACAAGCACUGCUGGUCAAUUCGGUUCUGACAGUAGAAGAGGGAUUUGUUGCUUUCCGUUCGGAUGCUAAACUGCAGCCAAGUGACCGCCGUCUUAGUUAGCACACAUUUGAGCAGCUUUUUAAAAUUUUUUAAAUAUUGUCUUCAUUUUUACUUUUCCACGCCUUACAAUUACUCACUAAAGGCAUGGCUGUAGACUACUACAAUGUAUCUCAUAGGACAUAUCUUAGUGUAUGAGUGUAAGUACAACAAGGAAUGCUUCACCUUGUAGUAAAAAAUUACACAUCGUAAUUCUCUAAUUAAAAUUAAUUAGAGUAAUUAAUUAAAAUUAUCUAAUUAAUUAGAUUAAUUAAUUAAACUCAAUCCAAUUAUUUUUAUUUUAUCAGAUUAAUGAAAAUUAAUUUAAAUAAUUAAUUAGUCAACCAUUAUACAAUCAAUCAUUAAUCAACUUUCUAUUUCCAUGUUGGAAGUAAUAAGAAAUAAAGUAAUAAAACUGUCUAAUAUAUGAUUAAUUAAUUAUUUUAAAUUAAUUUCAAUUAAUUUGUUUAAAUUUAU